GGGCCUCUACCCCUGGAAAGAGAAACCCUGUUGGAGAAGUCAGACAGGUCCGAGGGCAGCUGGGAGUUCAGGAACCUCUGUUUUGUCCAACAACAGCUGGAAUAGAGACCAGGCCUGGCCAACACCACUCUUAGGCCUGAGAUACCAGGAGCUGACAAUGCUGCACGGACCCAAGUGAAGUUAACUUCCAGUGGGGUCAGAGAGCCCAAAGGUGUAUCUGAAGGUCAGUGCCCCAGUGACGAGAUCAAGCUCUGCCUGGCUUCUGAGGGCCACACUAACCUUCGUACCCCAUCAGUCCCUGCUGUCACCCUGGAGUCGCAGUCUACCCAUCCUGACUUAUGUUCUGGUGGUUCUGCUCUGGGGCCUAAUGAUACCAGCUCUGCACCCACCAGUUCACCUUGUGCUGCUUGGAGUCCUGAGCUCCUGGACCCACUGUGCCAGCUACCAGCAGAUGAAGAGGAUAAUCUCAUGGCCCCCCAGGGUGCCGGGACUACAGACAGUAAGCCUGAACUGGGAGCCAGAGAUACAACUGGUGUCUGGGACCUGUCAACUAUGGAGGAGCAGGAAGAGGGUGAGGGACAGGCAGAGGAGGAAUGCCCCAUCUGCACUGAGCCUUACGGGUCUGAUGAACACCACCCAGCCCUGCUGAACUGUGGUCACAGCCUGUGUGUGGGCUGCCUGCACCAGCUGUUAGGAAUGACCCCUAGAGCUGACCUGGGCCGUGUGUGUUGUCCACUGUGUCGUCAGAAAACACCCAUGCUAGAGUGGGAGAUCUGUCAGCUGCAGGAGGAAUUGCUUCGAGCUGAUGGACCCCAGAGCCCAGUGCCCAUUGCGUCCACCAUACCCCUGCGUCCUGGCCCUGGGCCCUGGGGAUCCUUAGAGCACCGCUACCGGCUGCGUUUUCUGGCAGGGCCUGUGGGAGGCCGAAGCUGCCUCCCCUUCCUACCCUGCCCUCCCAGCCUAGGUACCUGGUUGUGGACACUGCGGGAACGUGGCCCCUGUGCCCGCCGCCUGUCACUGCUGAGCCUUCUGGCAUUAGAACUGCUGGGGCUAGUGCUCAUCUUCAUGCCACUCAUGUUACUAGGAGUGUUCUUCAUGCUCCUGGACCGUUCCGGCCGCUAAGCAGAGCCCAGGAUGUUGGCUAAGGUUUGAGGCCCAUGCGCUCAGAUUCUGGUAAUCAGCAAAGACUUGCUAUCACAAUCCCAAGAUCAGGCCUGCCCAAGAGCCUGAGCCAGCCAGAGUGCUUACACACCCCUGCAGCCCAGAUACUGGCUAAAGCCAAGGACACUAAGCAAAGGACAGCCUCUGAAGGAGACUGGCCCAACAGGAAGGGCUGUGAACAAAAACCCAUGUGCUUGCCAUGGACAGACACUUUACUGGCCACAGGCAUUCGCUGGGUCAUAACACUGGCUCCUGAGGGCCAGCUGUCGAGAGUAGACAUGUUUGAACAGAGAUCUAGCAGUGAUUUUGUUUAUAGGAGAAGGCAAGGCUGCAGAGACCCUCUCACCUGAUCCAGACAGAGGUUGGUGUGUGUCCCUGAAGGCCACAGUCGCUAGCAGGAGAGGCUUGCACUGCACAAACACAGCCUUUAAAAGCUCCUCACCCAACCUAAGAUAACCCUCACCGGACAGGGCAGCCCCCAGAGCAGUUGGGGUCAAUAUUGGCUUUGUACUGCAACAGCCAAGGUUCAGUCCAGACCCUGAAGCCUGCAAAUGCCCAAGGUCCAGCUCUGUUUCUAAUUGACUACAAUUACAUGUCACUGAACUAGGAGCUCUCACUUGGAGGAUGAAGACAAAUGUAAGCCCACCUCGCCCCGGCUUAUUGGUGACACAAUGUAAGGUGGGUUGUUUCAGUCUAUAUCCAGUGUAAGAAUGGCUCUCAAUAAACAGUUGCUACUGAUACCAUU